AUGGAUAUUUCUCAUCAAUGUUACCUAAGUCCAUACUAUGCAGACGAGCUAAAAACGACUGCAUUUUGUGGAUACAUUGCAAUAAUGAAGGAAUCAUCUGAAUGUUUCAAUGAGUCUGGAUAUAUUGAAGGUGAUGUUGGUGAUAUAGCUGAUGGUAGGGAUAGUAAGAUGGCAACAGUACUAGAUGUUCGAAAUGAGUUAGAGAAAUGCUUUAAACCAGUAUUGACAGAGAUGAGUGAGUUUAAAGACACCGUUACAACAAUUGGAAAAAAUGUGUUACACAACAGGGAGUGUUUACAGGUCCUGGGAAAUGAAUUCAAACAGCAUGAUGGUAGAGUUGAUAAAAUAGAAAGAAAGGUUGAUGAUCAUGCAAAGCGCUUUUUCGAUGUUGCAAACAUCCAUUCGAAUCAACAUGAACAGCAGUGUAAAGUAAUGCAUGGAGAAAUGAAAAAUAUUGUUAUGGAGAUUUUUGAUGAAAGGCAGAAGAAAUUGGAUGCGGUCUUGGCCAAAAUGGAAGAUAAAUUAGAUGAUGUGAAAGAAGAAAUUCAACGCGAAGUAUCAGCAUGUAGGAAUAAAGUCGAUGACAACAUGAACAGUGUGAUGGAAAAAUGUUCCUGUCAACAGGAAUCUAUUCAGGCCUGCAGAGAAAUGUUACAAAUGAUUUCCAAUACACAAAACAGUCGGUUGGAUGAACAAAGCAUGGGCAGUAUUCCCGCCAAAUUAGAUGAUGUUGAUACAAGUGCCAAUAAAAAUAACACCAGGCUCUACAAAUUGGAAGAAAAUGUUGCACAACUGCAGCUGCAGUUAACUCAAAUGCAGUUGCAACAAGAUGAACAUCACAGAGAUUUAUUGAAAGUAUUAUUAAGCGCGCAACCAACAAGUCAAAACAACCAACGACAAAUUUCUACUCCAGGUGAUGCUACACUAAUUACCCGGAAUAACGGUAACCACACAUUGCACCACCUUGUAGGAGGGGCACCUCACGAAUCUGAAGAUCUGUUACCAGGCCAACUCAUUGAUGAAAACACAAAUGAAUCACGGGAUACUGAUCUUGUUUGUGACUCUCCACCAUUACAGCCAUUAUGUUUGUCACUAGUACAUGAAGAUCCCAUAGCACACCCAACAACUGAGGGCAAUACUAACAGAGCAAAAGUCUCAACUAUAAUGUUGUCUGCAGAAUGUUAUGGUCACCAUCUGGUGGUUCCAACAGGUGGGAUGUUCUAUCUUGCUGGAGAAUCCAAUGCGACCACUAGACAAGACUAUGAAGAACUGAAAUUAAAAUCACAUACCCGAAUGAAAAACUCUGUGCGCAUUGUACUAAAUACUAAUGUCAGACUUUCUUCAAGAAUAUUAAAUUUGCUACAUGAACACCAGGAAUGCAGGAACGAAAAGUACCAUCAACUAAGGACUAUCUUACACAGCACUGAACUGAAGAUAUUUUAUGGGUGUGUGAUUAUACAUGCUCAUCUUGGAACCAUAGAAGAUAGAAACACAUUACUGGAUGAUAUCAAAAAGGGUAAAACUGCAUCCAAGCUGAGAGACCUUCUUCUGACAGAUGAAGUUACUGGAGAUGUUAGAGAACGAGCUUUGGAUAUAGUGAUUGUUGAACAAGAUUUCGUGGAUGUCAUUAAGGAUAUAGUGCGACUACAAAUUGAUUACCCCAAUGGACGUGGCAUUGAUGAACUUAAAGAAUACUUUGAAAAACUGAGUGAGAAUGAACAAGAACAGUUGAAAAGUGAACUUGGAUGCAAGAUUGCUGAUGUACGUAAAGGCUGUAUACUGCUGGAUCUGGAAAUAGAAAAUGAAGAACAAGCACAGGAAUUAUUGAUGAAACUGAAAAGUGGAGAGUUAUUAAAAAUACUGAAGAAGAUUGCAGAGCCUGUGAUUGAUGAUACUGACAAACUAAAGGUGGAAUAUUUUGACGAAGAUUUUCAACAAGUUGUCACUGAAAUUAAAACAUUUUCACCUGAUUCCAAGGAGACAAAAUCAGCUCCAAAAAGCAUCAGUACUGCUGCUGCUGCUGGAUCUCAAGAUGUUUUGAUAACAGGGCUCAAUGUACCACUACCUGUUGAUCCAUUCGUUGGACAUGACAUUCUUCUGGGGAACAUCUAUAAAUCUUUCAAGAGAUGUCAUAAACAGGAUGAUGCUGGAAAAGUUACCAAAGAAAACAGUGUACAUGUCUUGACAGGGGCUGAUGGAUCUGGUAAAACUCAAAUAGCCAUCAACUAUGUUCACCGCUACCACAUGGAGUACCCUGCUGGUAGAUACUGGAUAAAUGCCUCAACUUUGACCUCAUUAGAUCGUGGAUUUCAAUAUAUAUUUAAACAUCUCGACUUGAAAUUAAAUUCUCCCACUGAAAAAAGUACUCACAUUGCCAUAGAGAUGAAAGAGAAAGUCUUGGAAUGGUUGGACUGCAAUCCUGGUUGGCUCAUUAUCUUAGAUGAUGUUACAGAUUAUGAACUCAUCAAGCACUACUUUCCCACAUUUCCAAUAAAAGGUCACAUUAUCAUAACAUCUAGGUCAUCUGAUUUCCAUGGAGACACUUCACAACAUUAUGAUGAAAUCUCAGUUCCCCGCUUGUCAAAUGCUGCAUCUCAGAAACUGAUGUUGUGUAGUCAAGGAGUCACUCCGGCUGAUGUGUUCAUCACAAUCAGAGAGAUGCAAGAAUAUGACAAAAAGAAUUACAAAUCUUUCUGUAGAAUUGUGGAUUCCUUACAAGGCCAGCCUCUAGCUUUAAGCAUAACUGGUUCCCUCAUCAAAUCAAAAAAACAAUCAUAUCUUGAAUAUGAAGAAAGUGAAGUGAGUGUAUUGGUUAGUCACAAACACCGGGAGGAAAACAAAACAACAAAAGUGUACAGAAAGUGUGACAACAUCAUUGAUAAUGGUACAGCAAAUGUUUCUAAAACCUUAAAAGAAGAGCCUGGCAGAAAAUUAACGUAUCCAUCCCCACUGAAGAGGCGUGGUCCUGUUUUAUGUGGCGAGAAACACAUAGGUUACACACCAGCCCAUCAAGCCACUAGGAAAAGAUGUGAAAAUGCACAAAAUAAUGGAAUGUUUCCUCAAAUUGUGUCACUUGAUUCAGAUGUAAUAGUUGAUGGCGACAUUGGCUCGAUUCCAACACAUUACAAACCCUUUCCUGAUGGUUUAUACAAGUAA